ACAUUUUCCACGUAGGGGUUUUUGACUUGUGUGUAAAGAGCGACGGUCAAGAACAAAAAUCGCGUUUGUUAGAUUUGGGGCACACGAGGAUCCGUAGUGACGCCACUUUUUGGAAAUUGUCAGAGUGGCAAGAUGGCUACGGAACCAAAUAAGACCGAAAUCCUUACCAUUUUCAAAAGAUUAAGAUCCAUUCCUACAAACAAGGUAUGUUUUGACUGCGCAGCCAAAAACCCCAGCUGGGCAAGUAUUCCAUAUGGUGUGUUCUUAUGCAUCGACUGCUCUGGCAUCCACCGCUCCCUGGGAGUGCAUCUCAGCUUCAUCAGGUCCACUGAGUUAGACUCUAACUGGAACUGGUUUCAGCUUAGAUGCAUGCAGGUUGGAGGCAAUGCCAAUGCGACGGCAUUCUUCCGCCAACAUGGCUGCUCCACAAACGACACCAACGCCAAGUAUAAUAGUCGUGCAGCCCAGAUGUACAGGGAGAAGAUUCAGCAGCAAGCAAAUGCUGCAUUGUCUAAAUAUGGCACAGAUCUAUGGAUUGACUCUUCUGCGGGAGGCACACCUGCAGUUCCUGAGAAGAAAGAGACAGACUUUUUUGCUGAACAUACACAGCCUGCUAAUGACUGGAGCGUGGCGCCGCCCUCCGAGCCAGAGCAGAAUGGAGCCGCUGUCACCCCACAGCUGACGGACACAACGGCCAAAGGCCAGGAGGACAACCAGCCAGAGGACGGACCCAGCAUCGACGGUCUGAGCACAUCUCCCAAAGCCUCCAUUGAGGACUCCAUGCGUUUGUCAUCACCGGAAGGAUGGACACCCAAAGAUGUGAAGCCUUCCAUCAUUGGAAAGAAGAAGCCCAUGGCUGCCAAAAAAGGGCUUGGUGCAAAGAAAGGUCUCGGUGCCCAAAAGGUGAGCAGUAAGAGUUUCUCGGAGGUGGAGAAGCAGGCUCAAGUGGCCGAGAAGAUGAGAGAGGAGCAGGCUGCUGAGGCGAAGAAACAAGCUGAGGAGUCCAUUGUGGCCUCGAUGCGUUUGGCUUACAAAGAGCUGGAGAUCGACAGGAAGGUGGAGGAAAAAAAGCUUCAGAACCUGGAAGGCAAGAAGAGAGAGCAGGCCGAGAGACUGGGCAUGGGCUUCGGCAACAGGAGUGCUGUGUCUCACUCAGUGAUGUCAGAGAUGCAGGUGAUUGAGCAGGAAACUCCUGUGGGAGCCAAGUCCUCCUCUCGCUCCAAACUGGACAUGUUUGAUGAGCCGGGUUUCACCUCUGGACCCCCAAAAUAUAAGGACAAUCCGUUUACAGUGGGAGACAGUUUUGGAUCCCGGUGGGAUACUGAGGGAGGGACCGCCUCCUUUACCACCUCCUGGGCUCUGGAGAAAGAGGACCCCAAAGAGGAGGUCACCAUCUCUAGUAUUCAGCCAAUUGGAGAGAGACUUCCCAGCAGAAGAAAAGCCGAGGUAUCAGCUCCAGUGUCGGAGUCGAGUGAGGCCAGACAGAAGUUUGCAAAUGCAAAGGCGAUCUCUUCGGACAUGUUCUUUGGUCGGGAGAGCAGUGCAGAGUAUGAUGCGAAGACAAGACUGGAGAACAUGUCUGGAAACACCUCCAUCAGUUCAGCUGACCUGUUUGGGGAUGGCAGUGACCAUAAAGGGAGGGCAUCAGGCUUUGACAGUGUGCUCCCCUCCGGCCCGGACAUUGCGCAGUUCAAACAAGGAGUGAAGACCGUUGCGGGCAAGAUGGCUGUCCUCGCCAACGGUGUCAUGAAUACAAUCCAGGAUCGCUACGGGUCCUACUGAUCAGAUCCGAGAGACCAGCACCAACCUGUGGGAAGACAUAUUUAACUAACGCCUGUGUAGAGCCAACCAGCCUCCUCACUGACAUGAGCAUUUGGCCGUAGUAGAUGGGACGAGAGAGAGACGGGACGCAGAAAGGAUUGCAUGGGGGAAAAGAAAUCGUCCCUGUCGCCCGUCCUCUUCUAGAGACAAUUUUACAGGAGUGAGACAGUAUUUUCUUCUCUCAUCCUCAUCUGCAGACUCUUGAGUUUUAUUUUCAUAAAGGAAACCAUCAAAGGGUAUAAUCUUUUCUAAACCAAGAGUUAAGUUGUAAUUUACUGUUGAGAAUUUUUUGGUCUUAGUUUUGAAAAUGACGUCAGAGUUAAUUCUACAAUAUUUUAUUCCUUAUGCAUAAAUCAAGUGUUUUUGAUUCAUAUUAUCAAAUACUUCAUGCUUAAGUCUUUUUUGUUUUUGUUUUAUUGUGAUAUUAAAGGUGCGGUAUAUAUUUUCAGCGUUAAUUUGAACAAGAAUCCACAAUGUUUGCAUUCAGUGUUCACUGCUGUUCACUUACAGUAGAGUUUGUCCACGGGUUAUUUUUCCCAUUUACAUAAAGCACUGACAGCCAACUCCUGACAAUUACACGCGAUUUCUGAGCUUGGGAUUAUGCAUUUCUGUCUGGGUGAAAGUAUAUAUUCUGAAACACUGGAGCAUCAAAUAUUUGAUGUCCUAGCUGCUACGGUUAUUUAUUGUCUGCCUUCUUAAAAAUGGUUAAACCCAGGGAGCACAGCGACGAGACAAAUACCUCCAGCCUGGUUGUGUUCCAGUUUUAAAUUAGGUAUUAAACCCAAACGGUAGUUUAAAAAAAAAAAAAAAAAAAAAAAGACAUCAAAUGAGCAUGAAGUGUCAUUUGAAGUAUGUUGAUAAUAAGUCAGUUUUGAUACAGACAUCAGAUAGAACAUGCUAAGUCCCAGCUCACAAAACAAUGAUACUGUUUUGACUAUGCAUCUCCAUGUUAUGACCUUCGAAGACGUCUCGCUUGAUGUCUUGCUGGUUUAAUCUGAAGCCUGCCUCGAUGUACCUCAGCUCUGAGAAAAAAACCAAGACAUUUUGCUGGGGGGUUUUCUCUCAGCAGUUUAACCUUUUAUUUCGGAGGGCUGAUGUCUUAAGUUUACGUUUUUAUCUGCUCAGUUUCAGACGUAUUGGCCAAUGAAAAAUAUUCCCGACAUUCAAGGUGGAAACCACAUCAUAAUGGUGAGACAAAAUGUCUUUGGGAAAAGGAACCCUUUCAAUAUUUCUCUGCGUAACUGAAAAAUUAAAUUUCAGGGGACGGUAGCAUGCAAGUGAAUACAACAACAUCCGUCUAGUGUGAACCUACAUGUAUCACACCCUCUCUUACCAGUUUCCUGAUUGUGAUGCAGCUCAUAUCAAACCCACAGUACCCCACUCGUAUGUUCCCGGCAGACUUGACAUUCAAUAAGUUAUUGAAAGGACUUCCCCAAGUAAGUAAUAAGAGGUCUGGAAACCGGUUUGCAAUUUUCUUUGAUAGAGUGUCAUUUUUCCUAGCGUGGCCAUGCCUGUGUGUGUGUCCCACCCAUGAUAAACUCUCCGAAAAGUAACAAACAUGUGGACCGAAAGGAUGAAACAUUCAACUAUUUAUUUGUAGGCCACAAAAAGAAACUUAUUCAGUAUGUUAAUAAAGAUUGAAAACCUC